AUGGGCCCACCAGGCUGGGAGCUAAUAGAGACCACACUGGAGGAGCUGGGGCAGAAAAUGCGAGAGGCUAAGUAAGCCAACGUACGAUUCGCCGCCGAAACGGAACCGCAUGGCCCCGUGUUCAAGAUCCACAACCAGAAGACGCGCUACAUCUACGACCUGUUCUAUCGCCGUAAGGCCACUAAUUGGGAGCUUAACGAGUACUGCCUGAGGGAGAAGAUCGCCGACAGCAAUCUGAUCGCCAUGAAGAAGUGCUGCCUGCGAUGCAUACAGAGGCGCGUCACCAACUUUGCCACCAACUGUAUUUGUCGGGUUCACAAAUCCCUCCUCGAGGAGGGCCCGCGGCUGCUUGGCAAAUGCCAUCAGCCCUACCACCUGUAG